UUAGAUGUUAUCCUUUAAUGAAGCCUACAACUUCACCUGUCCAUCACAGGCACACUGGAUUAUUCGGGCAAAAGCCAUGUGUAAGCCUCCAAAAAAUUAUACUUGCUUAUUUGAUAUAACUUUUCGAGUGAAUGUAUACAGAGAAAUAUGUAACAGACCUAGAAUAUUAGAUCGUGGUCAUAAAUACGUCUUUCAGCCGAACUUAAACAAAGCAACAUGCAGUGCAACUCGAUAUCAACCUGAAAUUUUUAAAACAAAUGGAUACAGUGACUGCACCUAUCAAAAAUCACUUUGUAACAGCUUAGGUCAAGAGACGUAUGAAUACGGCAACAUUACGGUCGACAUAAAAUGUAUGUGUAAUACCGAUAGAGGAUAUACUUUUGUCAUGAACUCGAAAAACCAAUGUUACUGCAAUCCUUCAACUGACGAUUGUUCCUGUUAUCUCGGAAUAAACCAAUACAACAAAACGAUUGGACUGAACGAUAUCAAAUGUUACGAUGACACGAAAAGGACAGGAAGUCGUUACUUAGGAAAUAGGUUUAAUAUAUCACGGAAAAUUAAGAUCAUUGAAUUUGACAACUACAACUACAACCUAAACUAUUAUAAAUAUCACAUCGAAGCAUUUCAAUGGGUUUUGACAUUGUCAUUAGCAUCCUGCGUUGUUUGCGUUGUUUGUAUUAUUCUACUGACAAAUCGGCGACAAUUGAGAAGAUGUAUCGAACCUCCAAAUAUUUUUCCAGAAGCCAUAAACCAUUUAUCAGAGGAAGAUAAAAUCAGAUACAAUGAGCUUAUGCAAACUGAAAAAAAAGAAAACAGGUAUUUUGUUAGAAUUAUGAUUGUCGGAAAGGAAUCGACAGGAAAAACGUGUCUCUUGAGGAGAUUAUUGAAGGAAGACAUAUCUGGUGUAUCGAGUACAGAUGGUGUUGAUAUUGUUGUUCGUAGAUGCAAAAUCAACAUAAGAGAUGGAAAAUGGAUAAUCGGCAAAGAAAUUGACGAUGAUAAAGUGAGCCGGAUUAAGAGAGCACUGAUUCCAAAUGCCGAGGACAGAAACACUGACAAUAUUGAGGUAGAUGAGAGAAAGAAUAUAAGUCAUGGUGAUGAUAUAUCUACCUAUAAAAAAGACACCACAACCGACAUAAUGGUUAUUCGGGAUAAAAGUGAAGAUACAAAUGAGUCUGAAUUAUUGGUAAUGCUUGAGGAUUUCAAAGCAAAAUCAAAAGUUAAUCUGGAUAAAAAAGGAGAUACGAACCAGUCUUCAUCUUUGGUAAUGCCUGAGGAUAUCACUAGCGACGCAAAGAUUAAUCUGGAUAACAAUAAAGAAACGAAUAAGUCUUCAUCAUUGGUAAUGCCUGAGGAUUUGAUGUCAAAUAUGUUUUCCAAGUCAACUGUUAAUUCUCCUUCAAACCUUUAUGCAUUAUGUGAAUUAUGGGACUUUGCAGGACAAAAAGAAUUUUAUGCUACACAUCAAGCAUUUUUAACAAGUAGUGCAGUAUACCUUGUAGUUGCAGAUAUGAAGGACGACAUAAGUAAACAAGGAUUGGGUCAGUAUUUUGCCGAUUUUCAGCAUAUUGGAGAAUAUGUUGAUUUUUGGUUUGAUUCUAUCCAUUGUCAUCGAACAACCGACAAACCAGCUAGGUAUGGCCACUUCGAUCCUCCGAUUUUAUUAGUUUUCACUGGAAAGGAUAAAUAUGACAAGGCAGAUUUUAAGAAGAGAGAAAAGGAACUCAAUGAUCAAAUAGACCAAGUUCUUGGAUUUCAAAGCAAAUAUCAUCACUUGCACAACAAGUUUUAUCUGUCAAAUACAAAUGACAGUGACACAGAAUUUGAGAAGUUGCAAUACGCAAUUUACGAUACUGCACGGAAAAUGGGAAAUUGGGGUAAUGCUUUUCCGUUAAAAUGGAUUCUUUUAGAACAUUUGAUUGAAAUUAAUAAGAACGAUAACAAGCAUUUCAUCAACUUUACUGAUAUGUCAAAUCUGGCUAAACAUCCUGAUAUCAAUAUUCUAGAAAAGGAGGAUUUGUUGUUGUUUCUUCGAUUUCAGCAUAACGUAGGGAACAUCAUUUUCUUUGCUAAUAUACCGGAUUUAAUCAUAUUAAGACCCCAAUGGUUAGCAGAUGCUUUCCGAUGUUUAGUUUCAGAUAGAGUUGAAAACAGAAGAUUGCAUCACCAUGAGGACUGGACACUGUUUAUACGACAAGGCAAAAUAAGCGAAUCGUUAAUAACAGAACUGUUCAAAGCAAAAGAUGGAAGUCAGCUUUCAGAACAGACAAAUAAUUUGCAUGCAGUUAUGGAAAAGCUUGAUAUAUUGGUCAAAAUUGGUAACUCAAAUUAUAUAAUGCCAAGCAUGAUGCCGCCCUCCACGUUUGAUGUUGUAUGUGAAAAAUUUGACAUUCUUACACAAAAAUGUAAAAGGACUUCUUGGCUUUGUUUUAAAUUUGAAUUUCUCCCACCUUCUUUCUUUAACCAUCUAUCUGCCUGGUUUAUCAGAAACUACUACUCUAGCAAAGUAGAGGGUGGUAUUGCUUUAUAUCGUGGCAUCUGUAUGUUUGACAUUGAUGGAUCUGGUGGUACAAAGAUACUAGUUACUAUGUCGACUGAUACAAUUGCUCUUCAGCUCGUGUCGUUUUCCGAAGAGGAGGGAUUCGGAAGCACGUGCAGUGAUAUCUACAGAGAAGUGAAACAACUAAUUGAAGAUAUAAAAGAGAGAUAUAAGGUGAAAAUAUCUUUUAAACUCCAUUUCAAAUGCAGUGAUGGCUAUUAUUUUCAAGACACAUUUGAAUAUGAGAAAUUGACAAGUGAGAAGGAGUGUUUCUGUACUCAACAUAAGCAAAUGCAUCGAUCUGACCAGAUAUAUUCGCCUUGGAUGAAUAAUGAGGUUACACGGAUUCCUGACAGAGCGAACAUAAGUACCAAGCAGGAUGACCAUAAUCCAAAAAAUGAACCAAAAAAAGAAGCUCAGGACCAAACAUCUGUCAAAACCAACCUUCCUGAUUAUGUCAAUUUGCGUCAACAGAUUAAUAUAAAAAUGUCAAAGAAUGAAAAUCAGAUGAUUACUAGCUGUAUCAAAAUAGACAAUACAUUAGUGUUUACCGACUGUAGUAAUAAGCGACUAAUUAUUUGUAAUUCAGACGGUACUGAUAUCCAUCACAUUCCUCUGUCCUAUACACCAGAUUAUGUGACAGUGGUAAAUAUAAAUACUGUAGCCGUAUCCUGUACAUUUGACAGAACCAUACUGAUAAUAAAUAUAUCUACAUGUUCUGUCACCAGUACAAUCAACACCAGUGGUUACUGCUCCGGAAUAUCAUAUAAUGAUAAUAACCUGUAUGUUGUUAUUGAUCUGAGUAUAAUACAUGUGAUGGACCUGACAGGUAAAGUAAUACGUACUAUACCUUUACCUUCAGACAGUAUCCACGACAUUACAGUAGACAGAGACAGGUUGGUUUGUAUAGACUACACAUCAAUAUACUGCUGCUCGUUAGAUGGAAAACUAAUUUGGAAGUUUAAAAAGGAUGAAUUUCAAGAUUUAAGUCGUGUUACAAAAGAUGAUGAGGGGAAUGUUUAUGUGACUGAUUAUAACACCAACACUGUAGUAGUAAUUUCUCAUGAUGGUAUACAUUAUAGAGAACUUCUUACUAAAUCAGACGGAUUGAAUUGGUCGUGGGGAAUUUAUUUUGACAAACAAGAAAAUAUUCUGCUUGUUUGUAAUCAUUAUGACGGAAAGGUUUUUCUUUUUGACGUAAAAAGGAAAUCAACAUAAAUAAACAUGAAUAAUUCUUUCAGACAAUGAGUUUAUUCGGACUCGGGUCUGUUUGUGCAUUUUGUCAUUCAAAAUAACUUCUCUUUAUUUUUAUUUUCUAUACUAUCAAUUACUGAUUGUCAUGAUCUGUACAGUUGUAUUCUGUAUUCAAAGUAAGGACAAUAUUAACAAUUUUAUUAUGUUCAUGUUUUUUGUGAUUAACUCUUUUUAUUUGUAUGUGUGACAACACAUCAACUUUAUAUUGAAAUUUAGAGAAAUGUUACAAAGACAUGUUGUGACAACACAUCAACUUUAUAUUGAAAUUUGGAGAAAUGUUACAAAGACAUGUUGUUCUUUGAUUCACGUCAAUUUAGGGUUUGAUAGUUGGAGAAAAAAAUUAUAAUGCAAGUUAUAUAUCAUCACAUCUUUCAAAACCACAUAUAAAUUGUUUAAGAGGAAAUUCGUAGUUAUUUUUUUUGUUGGAAAUACAGACAUUCUCUUUACGGAUGUGUAGGUUGUAAAUAUAAUCUUUACAAAUUUAAAAUUGUAUUGUUUCGUUGGGAUGCUGUCUUUUUCCUUCAUUUGCCAAUCCAUCUGCUUCUUUCAACCCGGUAGUCUUACAUGUACAUUUUAAAUACAAUUAAUUCAGAUAUAUACAUCGUUUAUUUGUUCUCAUCCUGAACAUGUAUAAUAUAUUUGCCACUGUACGAUACACAACCAACAGAUAAACCAAUUAAUUAUUUUAUUCAUACCAAACUAUAUCACAUUUUUUAAGUUUAUCAAUGUGUUUAUUUCGUAAUUUGAUGACAGUUUUUUUUUGGUUUAAAUUGAUGUUAAUCGAGUACAAAUAACAUAUGGUCUAACACCAUACAGACUGAUAUGACUGUGUUCCAAUAACUUUGUAUCCUACAUCAAGUUAAAUUUCCAUUGAAAACAAAAUUACGGAAAGAUUAUGAUUAAUUUUGAAAAUGUAACUUGGAUCAUCUAGGCUGUUGUAUAAUGUGGUUCGAAUAUUAUGUUUUCUGCAUUUUUAAAACAUGUGAACAUUCAAUUGUUCUAUAUAAUUCAAUAUGGAAAAUCAAAAAAAUUUUCCGAGUAAGAAACAAUGUCAUGAAUGUACAUGCUCUUUAUCUUUUAUAUAUAAUUCACAAUUUUAUGAGAAGGAUGUUAUCCAGAAAAAUGUUAUCAGGCGUUUUCAUCUAGAUAAAAAAUUCUUACUUAAUCAAAUGUAUUGAAUUCGCCGUUUGGAAUUAAUUUUAUCAUGCAAGAAAAUAUUCUGCUUGUUUGUAAUAGAGAUAACGGAAAUCUUUUUUUUACGCGAUAAAGAAACUUGCAUAAAUGAACUUAAAUUAUUUCAUUCGAAUUCGGAUGUGUUUUUGCAUUGAGUCAUUCUAAAUGGAUUUUAUUUGUUUGUGUGCUAUCUACCAAAUACAAAUUCAAUUUAACCAAUUAUGAUUCAUUUUACAAAAUUACUACCUUGCUUUCUUAUAAGUUAUUCCGUAUUCCGAUUUUAUUUAAGUAUAUUUUUAUGUGUAUGCGUUAUAUUAUCACCGCUUAAAUUGUAUGUACGACAACAAAACAAUUAUGUUUAUGAAAUGGUAGAGAAAUUUUGCUUAGACCCAAAAAUUGUUGUUCUUUCUUUACUUCUAUUUGACGGUUAGGUUGUGAUGGUUGGUGAAAACUCACAAUAUAUUUCAGAGCAGCUUUUGGAAACCGACAAAAGUAGUGUUAUGUACAUACUAUUAACUUGACUCAUUUAGAACUUUUUUAUGUGUUGUAUGCUUCUUGUGAACAUACAAUGUUCGCAUUUUAUCCCGUCGGGGUUUGAUUUUUGCAAUAAAGAUUAUUAGUUAAAUUUUAA